GGCCAGUAACCCUUCUCGAUCGCUCUAAAUUGACAUCUAUAAAUUAGUACCUUAUUGCUUUCUUGGCUGUAGAACUCUCAUUUUGCAGGGUAUAUCAGAGAGCAAUAAAAACUGGCAUUCAGCAUCUUAGCAUUUGCCAACAAACGAGCUAAAACGAUGAAGAUCUUUCUGGGAACUCUAGUAGUUUUUGCUCUUCUCCUCGCGGCUUGUUUCACUGAACCAGCCCUGGCUGAGGACUCAUUGAAUUGUGGAGGGAAAUGCAGCAAAAGGUGCUCGAAGGCAGGAAUAUCAGGCAGGUGCUUGAAGUACUGCGGAAUAUGUUGUGCAAAGUGCAAGUGUGUGCCUUCUGGGACGUAUGGGAACAAGCACGAGUGCCCUUGUUACAGAGACAUGGUGAGCUCCAAAGGCAAGCCCAAGUGUCCUUGAAUAGCCUCCAUCUCUGCAUCUUCUGCAGUCUGUCGAGACUCACGGUUUCUCUGGAGAGUGUCUGGUUACUGGUGUGAAAUAUAUAUUGUUAUGUUCUGAGGAUCCUUGUAAUAAGGUGUACUGUACUGCUCUGUAGUUGCUACCACCACCAUGGAUGAAUAAAGUUUGAUUUUAUCUUGUUGCAUGGACAA